AUGCAGGAGCGGUCAGUGAGUAUCUUGCACAGUGGCUCAGAACAAGCUUGCAUUGGAGUGAUUGGCGUUGUCGAAUUCGACCAGCCUUUGUUCCGCCUGUUCGAUGUUGAGUUUUAUAAGCACGAUGUCAUCUGCAAAGCGGAGUGAAGUGUUCCAACAGUUCGCACGAUACAAACGUUCUCUCAAAACAUCGACGGAUUCCUCUCAGUGAGAAACCAGCCUCAACAGCCAACUGCCGAAUACACACUUCUUACCCGGUAGAAUUUGUAUGUAAGGAGGAAAGCUGCAGUAAGGAAAACACCUUGAUGUGCGUCUUCUGCAGAGAUUAUGGAAUGCACAAGGUAAGCGGUCAAUUGUGA